AUGGGAGGUUGCUGUUGUUGCUUUUCUAAAGGAGUAGAACUCAACACUUCACCCCGAUUCUAUCAUGUUAGUAUACUGUAUGGGAAUGUGAAAUUACCAUCUUACGCUUCAUCUUAUCCGAAUAUUCUUUGGUUAAACCCUAUGGCACCAAUGGAAUUUACUAAAAACAAUCUUUCCUUAAAGAAACACCAUGUAGAAUUUGUUCAAUAUAGGGUUAGUGUUGUGGCUUCUGAACUUCUUUCUCAGAAUAAUAGAAGGCAGUUUGCACACCCUAGUUACUUCCAUGCUGAUGGUGUCAAUGAUCACUUCAUUUCUCAGGCGUUGAUUGAAAACACAAGGGCAUAUGACAUACUGAAACAAGCUCCUUUCUUGGUGCCAUUUACAAGUAGAGUUAAAUUAUUCACAGUGCCUCUCUUGAUCUUGUCUAUUUGUUCUAUCAAUCAAUCUCAGGCUAUCAAUCUUUUGGUUUUUCAAUCCACAAAUCUGUCUGAUGCAAUGAACUACACUGACAAGCAACUGACAGCAGCUGUUGUGUCUAAAGGGUUAAGACCUAGUCUUGCAGGGAUUGAAUCAGGAGCACCACCAAGAUUACUAUCUUUGGGUUGGAAGGAACUGGAACUGGCCUUGUUGUACAUGAGAAAGCUCUUGGAAAGUGAGUUGAAUUUGGCUAAGUCAUUAUUGAGUGAGAUAGGCCAAUGUACAACUGCUUAUCCAUAUAAUCAGCUGUUUGGAGCAUGA